CCUAGCAAAGUACAACCCCUCCCUCCUGUUUUGUAGUUGUAAUAGUGGUAGUUGUAGUAUUAAUAGUAAUAUAAGUAAUACUAUUAGUAUUAUUAGCAGUGUCAGUAGUAGUAGUAGCAGUGAUUAUUUUCUUAGCUGUAGUGGUAGUAGAGGUGGUCUUAUCAGUUUUUGUAGUGGUAAUGGUGGUGGUGAAACUUAGGAAGUCUAACAUUUGUUGUUUUGUAGAUUUGUUCUUCGAAGCUCAACGAAGGAGAGUGAAAGGGAUUUUUGUUAAAUGCUGCAGUUGAAAAAAAAAAGGACACUUUUUACAACUGGAAAUAUAUUUUCUCAUCAUACAUGUGCUUCUGGUCAGUGACUUAAAACUACGAACAAACCGAUUGAAUUGCAACAUUUUUGUUAUUUGUAUAUCUCUUGCGAACACUGGCCGUCUGAUAUGAAGUGUCUCCGAAAGGUCCCAUUGUCUUUUUUUUUUCUUUUAUAUUUUUGGAUGAGUACUUCUUGAUAAACGUGUAAUUGUCUGUUGUACUUCUGACGUCCGUAGACAAAUUAUCUAACUUUGUGUUUAUAUAUAUAUUUAUAUAUAUAUAACAUUCGAACAAUAUUGUUUUGUUCGCAGACAGUAAUGCUUCCAUUAUCUCGUGUAUAUUAAGUUAGCGUUCUAAUUGUUUGAAUAGAAACUCCCUGACCACUGACAACUUUCCUAAAUCGGGCAAGAAUACUUUUCUCGCAUCACUUCGGCUGUUUUCCUCUUACGACGGUCCAAAGCAAUUUUUUAAAAUCUACACACAUGUUUGCACACACACAAUCGUCACACGCAUACAUACACACAUCACAGACAAACACACUCGCAACUCGGAGAGCAGUAGUGACAAAAGGGACGGUGACACUUUGUGGUUGGUUCUUUCAAACCUACCCGUCUCAGUUUUUUUAUUACGUUUGAUACGCGCUGGAGAUACUUUGUUUAAACUGUAACAACCGACUGGGUUUGCGCAACAACGACGAAGGCUGCGGCCGCUAACAUUUCUGGAUUUAGAUAUUCGGUGAUAGGUUGAACAUUAUUAACAACUGAUCAUGUUCAGUUUCCGAAAGAAAGAGAAAGACAAAAAGAAAGAGAAGGAGAAGAAGGAACAGAAAAAGAAAGAGAAAGGUAAAGAACAGUCGGUUUUGACCGAAGAUGAACUGAACAAGUUGGACGAAGUAAAGAAAGGGCUGUUUAGGCGCCACAGUGAAAAAGAGACUACCAAGCUAUUCAAGAGAAGCGGUAGUUAUAAUGUUCCAAAGAGUGAGAGUAUCGACGAGGGCAUGGCUGGGCCCAGCCAACUACCCACUUCCACUGAUGCUUCAUCUGCGGACAGUAUGGUCACCAUAAAAAAAAUCAAUUCGUUUUCUACUCCCAGGCCGACGGUACCACCUCCACUCCGGCCAAAACCUAAAAGUAUUUUAAAAGGAACUUCCAACUAUGGAUCUGGAGUACCAAGUCUCAAGGUUACAGGCGACAUCGAUGAUUCUACAACACUUCAAAGGAAUACUAAAUUGAAUGAAUCGCAAUCCAGCUUAGUUAAUGCCAACUCCGAGACAGCAGUUCCUCCGUCCUCAACAAUACCAAACUCUUCGGCUAAAACUCAAGGAGUGGUCACUCGAAACUCAAGAAAACUCUACAUCAGUGGAAGAUUGAGUCCCUCAGCAUCUCAAUUUAGAAGCUCCAGAAACUCCUUAGAACACCCAAAAAUGACCUCACCACCAGAAGAAACACCUGGACCCGUUCCUUUGAGCCCUGCCGAAAAGACAUUCGAUUUUGAUCUUCACUUACCUUCCAUAAUUCCUCCCCGGCCUGGACGUAUCCGGACCCUAACCCUGCGGCGGCAACCUGGAGGUGAUUUUGGUUUCUCUCUUCGUAAAGGAGUCAUCAUGCAACGAACUAACACAGAUUGCUUUGGUUCAAAGCAAACUGUGAUCUUUGCAGAACCUGGCACGGGACCAAAAGCUACUGAGACCGGUUUACUGCCCGGAGACCGUCUGAUUGAAGUUAAUGAUAAAAAUGUGGAGAAGGCCAAGAGAGAGGAAAUAAUUGAAUUGAUUCGUACAUCUUCAGACACUGUUGUAUUGAAGGUUCAACCAGUUCCAGAACUUUUGGAACUUAGUGUUCGUACUGCUGCUGAUGGAGUUAAAAUUGAAGUCCAAGCUGAUGUUGUGAAAGGAGGUACACUUAAAAGGAGUGGCAGUGUCCGUUACAAGAAAACGUUCUCUAAACAAUAUGAUGAGAUUUUGACAAAAUCUGAAGAAGAUGUUAAAACUGAGAAAGCUUGGUUGGAGUCGGAUAAGAUAUGGCUGAUCCAUAAGGGUGGAUUUUCUGGUGCCACACUUUUAAAAACUAAUGGUAUGUCACCCCUCCCUGAUGGAAAAGUCAAGGUCAAAAUGGAUCAUGGUGGAGAGGUUAUUGAAGUGGAUGAAGAAGACAUCGAGAAGUCAAAUCCUCCACAGUUUGACAAGACAGAAGAUUUAACAAUGCUUCGUUACCUCAAUGAAUCCAGCCUUCUUCAUGUUAUCCGACAACGGUAUGGAAGCACCCUUGUUCACAGUUAUUCAGGACCCACUAUGAUUGUAGUCAAUCCCAUGGUACCAUUGUCCAUUUAUUCAGAAAAGGUUAUCCAGAUGUUCAAAGGUUGUAAACAGGAAGACAUGCCCCCUCAUAUCUAUUCAGUGGCCCAGCAUGCUCACCGUGAAAUGCUGAGCAGCCGUCUUGACCAGUCCAUCGUCCUGAUUGGCCGUAGUGGCAGUGGCAAAACUACAAAUGCCCACCACAUUCUGCAGUAUUUUGUCCUGGCAUCGGGCAGUGUCAAUAAUUUUAUCACAAUUGAUAAAGUAAACUCCAUGGAUGUCCUAUUGGAAACAUUUGGCAAUAGUCGCACAAUUCUCAAUACCAAUGCUUCUAGGUUUUCCAAGCUGACCACCUUAGACUUUGACUUUUCGGGACAGGUGUCUGGUAUAACAAUCCAGAUUAUAAUGCUGGAGAAAUCACGUCUGGUAAGGCGACCAGAAGGAGAGCCAACUUUCCAUAUCUUUUACCAAAUGUUGGCUGGAGUUGACUCUGUGUUAAGGAAUGAAUUGCAGCUGACCACUCUGAAUGAGCAGAAUACAUACAUGACACCUCUUCAAAGAACUGAAGACAGACAAAAGGCAGCACAGUCUUGGGCCAAAGUGACCAAUGCUAUGGAAGUUCUCGGAUUUUCACCUGAUGAAAUGAAGGCAGUAUUCUAUGUAUUGGCAGCUAUUUACCAUCUUGAAACUGCAGGAGCUGUUAAAGGAACCAACAAUAAAGCACAGUUUGCAAAACCUGCAGCUGCACAGAAAGCUGCAAACCUUCUGGGCAUCAAAGUGGAGGAACUCGCACGUACAAUCUUCAGCCCAUCAGCAGGAUCAAGUGGCACCUUAACCCGAAGUGCUUCUAUGAGGAUCUCUAAUGCUGCUGAUAGGCACACAGGAGGAGAGUCUGGAUCUUCUGCAACCGAUGCCCUUGAAGCUUUCCUCACAGGUUUAUACACAGAACUGUUCAGUGUCCUGGUUGGUUUAAUAAAUAGAUCAUUAAUGUCAAAUUAUCGCAACCUUGGAUCCAUCACAAUUCUUGACACACCUGGAUUCCAGAAUCCAUCAACUUGUGGUCGUAACUCAGGUGCUACAUUUGAAGACCUUUGUUGCAACUAUAUUCAAGAACGCUUACAGUUAUUCUUCCAUGAUGCAACAUUCACUCUGCAACAGGAUCGAUAUUCUCAGGAAAAUAUAGAAUGUGAUUUCGAAUUUGUGAACACCAGUCCUGCUGCUUUGGUGUUCUUAAUAGACAAACCUCCGCAACAAACUCUGUUGAGAGCAUCAAACCAAGAUCUACGGGAUGCUGACAAAAAGGGUCUUCUCUGGUUACUUGAUGAUGAAGCCAUCUUUCCUGGUGCCACCGAAGAUUCUUUCAUGGAACGACUGUUUACGCAUCAUGGAGACCAUCCCGUCAAACGCGACAGUUUGCUGAGGAAGGGCUCCCUUGGACACACAUUUAUUUUGAAUCACUUCCAAGGUACCAACCCAGUCCAGUACAAUGCUACUGGAUGGUUAAAAGCUUGUCGAGAGAACAGUGUCAGCAAAAUUGCCAUUCACAUCCUUCAAGACUCCAACAGGAAUAACAUAAGUGACCUUUUCACAACAAUACGGGGUGCUAUCUCUACAACUGUGAGUAGUUCUUCUAUUGGCGCUGAGAAACCCACUUCAUCACUGCGCCGAGCUGCAAGUAUGCGCCGAACUUUGACUUCUUCUGGAGCCAAUUUGAAACGAAAAUCCAUUUGUCUGCAAGUGAAACUGCAAGUGGAUUCCAUUAUAGAAACCCUACGUCGUACCAAGUGCCAUUUUGUCCAUUGCGUCCUGCCCCAGAACAAUGCUGGGUUAUGUGAGCUGAAAGGAGCCCCAGCCAACACCACAGAGUCGAAUCUACUUAAUGUUCCAUUGGUCCGUUCACAGAUACGUGGGGCAGAGAUUUUGGAAGCUGUUCGUAUAUUUCGCUUGGGUUUCCCUGAUUUCCUGCAGUUCAGCGAAUUUAAACACCGUUUUGAGGUUCUCAUGCCUCUUGGCCUCAAAACAGAUGGCAUGGAUGAAAGACAGAUUAUCAAACAUUAUCUGGAUCACAUGGAUAUCGAUAAACUCAACUAUCGCAUUGGAUUAAGUCAGGUUUUCUUCCGUGCUGGUUCACUUACUAGCCUUGAAGUGGCUCGUGAUGAGAAGAUCACAGGAACAAUUACCAAAUUCCAAGCCUGCUGCCGAGGUUACCUAGGACGUAAGAAGUUAGAAAAACUAAGACUACAACAGACAGCCAUUAGCUGUAUACAGAAGAAUGUGAGAAAAUUCAUGCUUAUCCGAGACUGGCCAUGGUGGCGAUUGUAUGUCCGGGUCAAACCUCUACUUAAUGUCCACAAAACUGAGGAGGAACUAAAAAACAAAGAGGCUGAAUUGGAACAACUGAAGGUGAAAUUUGAAAAAGUUGAACGUGAGAAGAACGAAUACAAGUUACACUGUGACCGACUUGACUCCAGACUCUCAGAAUUAAACGCUGACCUCGCAGAGGAAGCAACAACCACCAGCCAUGCAUCUGAAAUGCUUGAGCAAGAAACUGCUGAACGAAUGCGUCUUGAAAAGGAACUCAAGGAUGUCCAGGGUAAAUACAAUCAGACACGUCGACAAAAUGAGAAGCUGGAGCGUGAAGUGAUGCAAUGUCGUCUUUGGCAGGCAACCUCAUUUGAUGGUGAUGCAGAAGAAGAUACAGCUGAUGAGAGUGUUUACAAAGAACGCUACGAGAAAUCCCGGAAAGAGCUUCACUUCCUGAAACAACAACUACAACAUCAACACGAGGAAGAACUACAACAGGAACAGAACAUUAAGCGACAUCUAGAGAAAAGGUAUCAGGAGACAACAGAGGAGAAAGAAACGCUACGUCAACAGGUGUGCAGUCAGAAGAAGAAAUGCACAAAACUGAAUGCUGAAAUGCAAGAUAUUAAGCGACAUCUUGAUGAACAAACAUCUCGCAAUAACGACCUAGAAAGAAAGCAAAGAAGGUUUGACAGUGAACUAAACAUGUCCCAGCAAGAGUGUCGUGAAGAGCGAUCUCUCAGAGAAAAGCUACUGAGGGAAAAGGAAGAACUCCAGGCCCUUAAGUAUUCUAUGGAACAAGCCAAUAGUAAGCUGAAGAUGGACAAUGAGCUGAGCAAUGAGAAGAUUGAACGACUGGAGCGUGAACUGGCAGAUCUCAGUGAGUCUGGUGGCAAAGAUGAUAAAGAGUAUAUGGCAUUAAAGAGAGCAAAACAUGAACUAUCAAUGAAGGUUGCUGAACAGGAAGAGGAACUUGAUGACCAAGCUGGUCAGAUACAGCAGUUAGAACAGACCAAGCUACGUCUGGAAAUGAAUUUACAGAAUCUCCGUCAGCAACAUAUCAAAGAGAUAGAAGAAAAGGAUGACGAUCUGGAAGAGCUGAGGUAUUCUACACAGAAAAAGCUGAAACAGUUGGAGAGUCAACUAGAAGAAGAGUACGAUGACAAGAGAUUGUUGAUGCAGGACAAGCGUGAACUUGAACGACAAGUCCAAGAGAUGAUGACACAAGGUGUCCAGAACAACAGUGAUAAUGAAAGGAAACUGAAAAAAGAUCUUCGUCGUACCAAAGCCCUCCUCCGAGAUGCCGAAAUUGUUAUUCAGAAACAGCAAAGUACUGAAAGCUCUAAAGCAACAAUACGUCAACUGAGGAAUCAGUUGGAAGACGCAGCCUUUACUGCUGCCUCUGCUGUGAAAGCUAAGAAGAAUCUAGAAAUAGAGCUGGAAGAACUACAACAGCAGCUUGAAGAGAUGUCGAAAGGAAAACAAGAUGCUGAGACACGUUACAUGACAGUGUUGCGGGAGUUGACGGAUGUCCAGAGUCGGACAGAAGAGGCUGAAGAAGACAUGAACGAAAUAAUGGCCAAAUACAAAGCAGCUGUCCGUCAGCAAGCACUUGAUCAGAUGACAAUAUCAGAACAUCUCCGACAUAAUGAUGAACUUCAAGCUGAGAAUGAGAAACUGAAGUCUGAAAUUUCCAGUUUGACCACCAAAGUAGAGUCUAACGAAGACCAAACUGUAAGUAAGACACAGGUAUCGCGACUGGAGAGUAAAGUGAGAGAGGUAGAGUCAAAGCUGGAACUCGAGACUUCAACAAGACACCGGUUAGAGUCAAAUUUGGCUCGGAUGAAAGAACAGCUGGAGAAGGUGAUGGAGGAGCGUGACCGUGUGGCCGAAUUGAGGCACCAGUCUGAAGAGAAGCAGAAGAAGCUGCAACGACAGAUAAGGGACAUCCGGGAGGAGACGGGAGAACUACAAAAGAGAGAAUUAGAGACAAAUCACAAGAAACAGGAACUGGAAAGUCGUUUGACAGACUUAGAGAUUGAUUAUGACCAGAGCCAGUCUGACCUGAAGUUGGCCUUUAAGAGGAUUUCUGGACUGCAGGCAGCUCUGGAAGAAAGUGUUGAGACUGAUGAAGAUGACGAGAGUUACCUGUCUUACAGUGAUGAAGAGGAUUUUGAAGAUGAUCUGGACGACACCUUUCUGUCAAACCAUAAACCAGUUUCAAGUGUGUAUGACAGCAGUAAUGAGAGGUCAAGGUCAAUAUCAGGGACAAGCUAUGAACAAGACGCCCAGUUUGGAGCAGAAACAUUAACAUUCAAUAAAGGGUCUGUGUCUGAAGCUUGAGAAACAGUAUCUUCCUCACAACACAGCAGAGACAGCACAAAGACCCAUUGCCAGGCAUGAUUAAAAGAUAAAAUGAUGUAGACAACUGAUAUCACUGCAUGUCUUCAGCUUCCUGCACACAUACACACACGUACACAUGUUGAUGCAUGUGUGUACAAGUGUGUGUGUUAAUGUAUGUAUGCGUGUGUGUAUGUGGCUGGCUGUUAAUUUUUUGCUUGUGUGGCCAUCUGUGUGUGUGUGUGUGUGUGUGUGUGUGUUGGAAAAUGUUUAAGAAGAAACAGUUACAAGAAACUUUAGCUGGCGACUCACCUCAACAUCACAAGUGAUACCAAGGAGGAAGUCAGUUCCUACAAGAGAAGAGGACUGUUACUGCCUACAAUUGUGCCACAUUCUUUAAAUAUAAUUUCGAGACUUUUCCAACACUUUCUUGCUAUCCAUGGCGAUAACAACAACAAAGAUCUAAGCCUCUAAAUACAGCAACGUUGAAAGUUUGUCUUAAUCAAAAUAAGAUGGAAGACUGUAGCAGACAAUGUGACCCUCUAAUUACUUCCUUCCUGGUGAGAUUAUUUGCUUAUUCCUGCUCCCUUACAAGGGGUAAGGGGGAUGGGCAUUCAUACGAAACACUAUUUGCAUUAUUUGUCUUGGAAUCUUCUUCUUUCUAUUUCAUGUGUCUUUAAUCCACCCCUUCUAUUUUUCCUCUCCCCACACCCAUUACCCCUUUCUAUCUCUCUCUCUCUCUCCCGCAGCCCUUAUUAGUCAAAUUUUUCUUCAUCUCUUCAACUCCCAGAUGAAGUCUUGUUGAGCUUGAAACGAAGCAAGGCUAUUUACGGUGACCCUUUCUCUGUGAUUGUGUGUGUGUAUGUUCGUGUAGUUUGAAGUAAAAAAAUACAAAAAGAA